CGCACGACCUCUCGCUCGUUGUGCCACUUCACGUGACAAAAUGCUUGCCUCAUUGCACGUGACAUUGGGCCAUUGAGAAGUCUUUCUUUCUCCGUUAUCGGGCACAUUGAGAUAAGCACCGGAGGUGAGGAUGCUACCACGUGGAACUUUCAAUCCUUUGAGGGAGAUAUGCUUUCUGCAGUCGAUUUUUAUGUCAAGUCGGCGUGGUUCCCGUGAUUCAGCUGUAGUGUCCGGGGUUUUAGAUUGUGCAUGGACCGCCGAAAUCACAAAACACUUGACUUCAGCUGCUCUCCGUCGUACGAAGCCAGCUUUGCAUUCCGUGACCUACCAUGGUUUAAAGUGCCAACCAGACUACGGUUACUAGUACGAGAAAC